AUGCCAUUUACACCAUCUAUCGGAGACGUGGUCAUGAUGGCCCAGAUUGCUUGGAAGCUCGCUCAGGCAUUCACCAAAGGUCGCAAAUCCGCCCCUGCCGAGUUUUGCGAAGUCGAAAAUCAGCUAUAUUCGCUUAGCGCUACCUUAGAAGCUAUUAAGAGGGCGCAAGAAAAGGUGAUUCAUCAGCCGACCUCAUCUCCUCAUAGAAUUGGUUGUUGGAGCCAGUAUGUGGUUAAAAAUUGGAGGAAGAUCGAGUGGACGACUGAGAAAGGCGACCUAAGUGCCCUCAGGAAUCAAAUCAUUAUCCAUACCAACAGUCUUAACCUCUUGCUCGGGGUUGCCACGAGUUCUCAAGCGGCUAGGAUUCGGAAGACUGUUGAGACAUCCUCAGCCAUGAUCAAAGAGUUGUACGAAUGGUACGGGGACAACAUCAAGGGCUUUAACACGACCGGGAAUGAUAAGUUAGCUCAGAGUCCAAGCCCGCCAGCCUAUGCAUCGACCUCCACGCUGGCCACGGCACCCUUAUAUACAUUCGAACUUUCCAUUCGAACAAGUCGUGAAAAAGAGACAAUCUGCCCUCGAGCCCAUUUUAAUCGUGAUGGGGAUCAGACCUCAUACUUCAACUCAUCAUCCUCGGAAGCGGAGCCUAUGCUAGCUUGCGCGUGUCAAAAUGCUGGUGGCGCUGAGUUGCAUAAGUCUGUAGUGCAGCGAUAUAAGCUGUCUCAUAUAACUUUCCCUGCUCGUCUUGCGGAUGACAAGCGCUCCUGGAUUCUCUUCAAGACUACUGACAAAGCUACGAAUCAGCUUGUCAGCCUUUACAUCACCGCAAUUCACCCUAGUUACAUGCGAACAUUAGAAGAAGCCAUUCUCCAGGAUCUCGCUAUUCGACGAGCAGAUGCGAUUCUAGAAAAAGGCAUCGGUAACAGCCUUUGCUACCUAUCAGUUGAUACUGGGGAAGAGCGUCUUCUCGCUUCAAUCGGAGAACUUAGAACUGCGCAUGAAUCAAUCGAAUCAAUUACUUUCAACCAUGGUGGACGCACUUACCGUCGUAACUACGUGGAGAAUAUCCAGAUCUUGCAGUACCAGACCCUGAGCCUAGACUCGUUAACAAAAGGGUGCCAGUCAGAACCAUUACGACCCCUAGACUAUGCGGAGGUCCUUAUUACUUACGGCCAAGACGACGAGGCGCGGAGUGAUGUGGUCAGCAGCACGCUUCACUUGAAGCGAAACACCGAAUUAAAGCUCGACGAUGGUCAUGCUCUUGUACAGAUAGAGUCGGUUGAGACAAUGGGAACAUUCAUGGACGAGCGCACAGCGUGCCUUGGCGACGUGGGCAUAACGAUUCAGCUUACAAGUAGACAAGCAGCGAGAGAGCUUCAUGGGAAGUUGGAAGAUAUGCGUAUGGAACUGUUUAUUAGAGGUCUUCGAUAUCCACGGUCGGACGAAUCGGUGGCCCUUCGCUUACAGUUUGCCAAUAUCGAGUGCGAAUACAUGUGUGUUCCUGAUGCCGAUGUAACGGUGACUGUCGACACUCAGAGAAGGCACAGGCUCAUUAUUGAGAGUCGGAAUAAAUGCACCAUCAUGAGUCAAGUUCUUGUGGACGACUUCUUCAACUCGGUAUCGGGAAAGCCGAAUUAUACUCAGCCGACAUACGUUGUUCAAUACGACGAGAAAGGAACUCGGAACGUCUAUAAAUAUGAACGUGGGUUCAGGUGCUUGAAUUUGGGCGGCCAACAAGGUAUAUCAACGUCCGUCUCGUUCGUUUUCGCUCAUAGCUUACGUGCUCUGUAUCUUGGGAUGGUCAUCGCAGUGAUUCAUUUGCCGAAAGCCGAAGGAGAUUCCGCGGACCGGCAAAAGAUCUUGUAA